GUCCGACCACCAGGGGGACGCCGAUGAGCUACAUAUAGUAUGCUUCUGGCUUUGCAGGGUUGUUAUGGUUUCUUUUCGGUCUAACGGCUUGGCUAUGCAACGCUUGGGGAGACAUCGCUCGCGCGAUAAGGCCUCGACUCUCCUUUGUUGCCUCCGACCAACGCUACCACCUCACGAUGGGUGAAAGCUUCUUCCCUUCUUUGUACCUUGCCCACCCAUUUCCUGGAUACCCAACGCAUGGGUGGCGCCAACAAGCCAAGUACGGGACCAGGAACAAUGCCGCUUGUCACCAUUCCCAGCUAAGGUAACAGUCCGUUUGGAGCGGACGACUUGUGCCGGUGGAACCUAAGUUCGUGCGGCGGUCUUGAGUGAUUGCAAGGCCAGCCGUUGCUUGUCCCCCGUACCAUCCUUGACCACGGCCUCUCAUUGCCGCGGCGGGAGCGCCCAUGGCUGCCCAUAUCGUUUUGGGCGUGGCCAAUUAGGCCAGGCAAUAUUGCUCUCAGCUCCCGGGGCCCCCGUGUAUGCGGCUUGACUUGGCCUUUGUCCUAAAGUCGAUGGUCCUCGGCGCUUGCAGAGUCUCUGCCCUGACCCCGUAACACAUAACUUGGUUCAAUGUCCCGUCCCCUUCGUGGAUGAUUCCUUUUGCCAGUAUCACGCUCGCAUACAGUUCUCGCAAACCUACUAUCUUCGCUUCAAGGCUGGAAGUGGUUUGGCCAACUUGUGGUUUGUUCAUUCAACAAUUUCCCCAAAAUGAAGGCCUUCAAGUCCUACUUCACGCCUGCCCAGGCGCCGGGCCAGGCGGCGAACGAAGCAUCGAAGCCCAAUCCCCUUCAACCAACGACCACGGGAUCGAGAAUGCAGCCUUCCGAAAAGCCAGCUCCCUACCGAAGCCAUAGCGUUAAAACAUCCGCCCGACAGUCGACAGUGAGCCUGGCGCUCACGGCAGGAAUGAGGGACAAGCAUGCCAGCAGCAUCCAUGAUCUGAGGGCGGAUGUCACGGUACACAGCUUGUACCAGGACCAGCUCAGAAAGAUGUACGCUUCGGCCUGGAACCUCGGUGAGGGUUGUGUUCUCAAAAAGGGCCGCAACGACUACGUCUGCGCCCCACCUCAGCUGUCGACUAUCCCGAAUGGAUUCUUCGACAUGGUCAGCCAGCUCAACGUGAGCUGUGCCAUGACUGUCAACACCCCCGUGAUCCAGUCCAUCAUUCACGGUAUCUUAAACACUGGGGAGGCCAUGACCUCGAUCCCUCUUUCCGGGGGCCUGCAGCUGCAGGUUCUCCCAAGGAUGACCGACCUGCCUAGAUGCCAGAAGCAUCAUUUCGCAGCCUUCAUCCUCGACCCUCCUCUUUUAACUGUCUGGGACGACGACGCGAACAAACUCCACGAUCGUGCUGAAAACCUCCAGCAGAUGAUCAUUGCUCACAUCUGGCGAAGUGAUCCCAUUGAUGAGGAAGAGAGUGAAGAGAAGAACGAGAAGCAAGCCGGAGUAAACGUUGAGGAGCUCUCUCCGUCGGCUAUCGAAGAGGCACUCGGAGCAGAAGCACGGCCAACGCGGGUGAUAAGCUCUGCCCUCGUGGCAUUAGCGAUCAGUCUCAGCAUGACGUGCUUGGGUCUCGGCUACCGAAGCCUGGCUCUGCAAACAGCAGUAGAUGGCAGCUACACGCGGUUGGCGUUGUUGGCAGUGUCCCCUAUCACCCUAUUUAUCAGUCUGUUCUUUUUCAUCUCCAUUUCUGGAAUCAUCUUUCAGAUUUUUGGUCCCAUCUCCUCCAUCCACUCGAACUCUUCCAACUAUUCCGGCAAGCCUCCCCGUCGGCUCAGCCCUUACCGAGAACAGCUCCCCCAUGUCACCAUCCAGAUGCCCGUCUACAAAGAAGGUCUGAACGCUGUCAUCAAACCAACAGUCCUGUCACUCAAGGCCGCGAUUUCGACCUACGAGAUGCAGGGCGGUACCGCCAAUAUCUUGGUCAACGACGACGGUAUGCAGCUACUAGACGCCGAAGAAGCCGCCGCCCGCAGAGAGUUCUAUGACGAGCACCUCAUGGGAUGGGUUUCCCGCCCUGGCCACAACCCGAAGCCCGAGGACCCCGCCGAGAAGCCAUUCCUUCGCAGAGGCAGAUUCAAAAAGGCAUCCAACAUGAACUACGCCCUGAUGACGAGCAACAAGCUUGAGGAUAAGCUCAAACAGAUAAACCGUGGCAGCAGCUGGAAUCAAGAAAGCGAAGACAAGGUCUACGACCAGGCCUUAUCGCAGGUCAUUGACGAGUCCGAAGGCCGGACCUGGGCUGGUGGUAACAUUCGCAUUGGCGACUACAUUCUUCUGAUCGAUUCCGACACUCGUGUUCCUCGCGACUGCCUGCUGGAUGCUGUUAGCGAAAUGGAGGCCUCCCCCGAAGUCGCCAUCCUUCAGUACACCUCAGGUGUCAUGAAUGUCUCUGACUCGUUCUUCGAGAAGGCCGUCACGUGGUUUACAGAGAUGAUUUACACCAUGAUCACCUUCAACGUCGCCAAUGGCGAUAUCUCCCCCUUCGUCGGUCACAAUGCCGUGCUCCGCUGGUCUGCCAUCCAGGACGCCGCUUCUUACAUGGACCAUGAGGACGGCUACGAGAAGUUCUGGUCCGAGUCCCAUGUAUCCGAGGAUUUCGACAUGGCUCUGCGUCUCCAGACGGCAGGUUACACCAUCAGAUACGGCGCAUACACAGGUGACGGCUUCCAGGAGGGCGUGUCCUUGACUGUCUAUGACGAGCUGGCCCGCUGGGAGAAGUACGCCUACGGCUGUAAUGAGCUGCUCUUCCAUCCCUUCCGCUUCUGGUUUACUCGCGGCCCUUUCACGCCACUCUUUAGACGCUUCUUGACCUCCAACAUUGCUUUCUUCAGAAAGUUGACCAUCUUGUCCUACAUCGGCACCUACUACGCCAUUGGAGCCUCAUGGAUCCUGACCUUGGCCAACUACUUUAUCACUGGAUGGUUCAAUGGCGUGUACGACAAGUACUAUCUCGAUUCGUUCGCCACUUACUUCUCCAUCAUCAUCGUGUUCCCGCUCUGCGGCAACAUCGCCCUGGCUGUGCUUCGGUACAGACUGGGCCAUCAGUCCCUCAUCGGAGCCCUUUGGAACAACUUCAAGUGGAUGCCAGUCUUCUCCAUCUUCCUUGGCGGCAUCUCGUUGCACGUCUCCAAGGCGUUGCUCUGUCACUUUUUCGAGAUCAACAUUCAGUGGGGUGCUACAUCCAAGGAAGUCGAGCGCUGCAACUUCAUCGAGGAGAUUCCUAAGAUCAUCAAGAACUUCGCGGGCACCUUCAUCUACACCUUUGGCGUGACGGCCCUCAUCAUCUGCGGGAUUUACGUCUUCCCUCCCCUUUGGCAGAUCUCAACCUUCGCGACCAUCUUCCCCCUGUGCGUUUCUAUCGUCUCGCACUUUGCGCUGCCGGUGCUCCUGAACCCGGCCUUGAUGAAGUUUACCUUCUAAACCCCAACGAACUCCUUCCAAUUCCACACCACCUUUCCCCCCUUAAUCAAAGAAAAACCCAUCCAUUUUAUCAUAGAACAUGUAUAGACGGGGUUUUUCAUUUAGAGGGGGUUUUAUUUUCAUUUUACAAAGAGGUGUUUUGGUGUACAUAAACUUGGGGCACACUAUUAUGGGGGCAUGAUGGGCCUUUCUUUCUUGCUUUGGUGCUGGGGAAGCGUCGUUAAUCGAACGAUAUGAUGUAAUGCCUCCUACUUCUUCUUAUGUGUACCAGAUAUACCCGGUUCCCUGAACAAAUACAUCAAGAAACGAACCGUUCAAAG